AUGAUGCUCAUCUACAUCUUUGGCAAGGGACAAGGUACCUUGGAGAUCAUGCCCUUCGGCGCCACCGAGGUGGAACCCAUCGAAUUCGUGACGGAGUCUGAUGUUCUGGUGAUGCUCCACUCAGACAUCUCCUGGCACAAGCACGUAUCGACGCGGGGGACGUUCGCUCUGGUCUCGUGGGUUUUGGAUGGUGGGCCCUCCACGACCCGCGGCUGGAGCGGCGCCAUUUCCCGGACCUUUGGCGCCACGCAGCCGGCGGUGAAGGAGCUGCAGGAAUGGUCACAGGAUCGAAUGGAAGAGCUCGCCGCACUCCAUGCGGCGCAGCAGCUCGAGGCGCCGUUGCCACGGGAGUGGGAGCGGAUGGUGCGGCAUAGCUACUUCUCUGGGGAAAUCAUCCCCAUCGCGGUGACGGGCCAAGCUGGACACCAUGCGACCUCCAACAAUACCCAUUUGUGGUACAGCGCCAUGAUCAAUGGGACGGACAUGGUGAGUGAUGUGCCCUUCAGCCGCUGGGACCACGACACCGUGUUCGACCCCGAUCCCAAUUGCUGGAUGGAGUCGCAGAUGUAUUCCGGCGAAGGCAUGUUGUUGAAGACCAGCAUCCGACAUGCUCAGUUUGUUGAAGGUGUCGAGCUCUUCGACAACAAGUUCUUCCAACUCUCCUCCUUGGAGGCGGGUGGGAUGGAUCCGCAGCAACGGCACGUCUUGGAGACGAGCUACGAAGCGCUCUUCAACUCAGGCUAUCGGAAGGCUCAGCUGCAGCGUGCCUAUAUCGCGGUGUUCACGGGGGGUACUCACCCCGAGUACUCGUGGCCUGGCGAUGAUGGAGAGCGGAACAACAAGGUCCUAGAGAGGUUCGUCCCCAAGGACGUCGGCGCGCUGAGCGGCACCGGCGCCUCCGCGGCCAUUACCUCGAAUCGUGUCUCGUUCUUGCUGGGGAUUAUGGGUCCCUCGACCACCAUCGACUGCGACUUGAGCUCCAGUGCCAUGGCCGUCGUCAUGGGCAACUCAGCCGUGUCCAAUCAGAACCCCCGGCGCAACAAGACCGGAGGCACCAGUUCGGCGGCCUUGGCCAGCGGCGUCUACUUCGUUCUGUCGCCCUUCAUGUGGCCGCGCUGGAACGCCUUCAUGAACCCCGCAGGCCGAAGCUUUUGCUUCGACCAGCAGGCGAAUGGCUAUGUCAUGGGCGAAUGUAGCAUCUCGACCGUCCUGAAACCCUACGCCGAGAAGGUGGAUGGCGAACUGCUGGUCUCCAAGGAUCCCUGCAUCGGCAGCAUGGUGUCUUCGGACAAAGGAUUUGAGGUGGUGGAGGGAGGUGUGGGGUCUGCUUACGAGCAGCUGCCAGCUGCUGAGCAGGUUGGAUGGCACGUGGUGAACAACGGCCGCAACGCCAGCCGCAUGUCGGCGCCGUGCGGUCCCGCGGAGCAGGAGGUCAUCAGCGAGAGCUUCCGCAUGGCGAACUUGAGCCCCCUGGACCAUGACGUGGACGCCAUGGAGUGCCACGCGGAGGGCGCCAAGUCAGCCGACUCCGUGGAGUUGGCGGCCUGCUGCACCGCGCUGCGCGGCAGCGGCACGGCCGGGGCGGAGGAGGAGAUGCUGAUCUUCGGCUCCUGCAAGAGCAACACCGGCGUGCAGCGCGAAGCUUGCUUCAUGUCUGCCUUCCUCAAGGCCUUCGACUUCCGACCGAGUUCGCGAGUGAGCGAGAGGGUCGAGAGGGUGAGGACCGUCGCGGCCAAGAUGGGCGAAGGAGGAGAGAUGGUCUUGUUCAGCAUCACCUAUGGCAACAACUGUCCCAACCUCCACCUCAAGCAACUCAACCCCUACUUCGAGCCGGGCGAUGCGGCGCACUGCAUCACCAGCGAGUCCAUCGCCUAUCGUGACAGCCGUGUCUUCCACGGGGCGGGUGCCAGAGGUUGGGGUGGCACCAGCAUCAACCUGGUCUGCUGGGGGGCGCCUUGA